AUGGCGGAUGAUGGGUACGCGAACCACGAAGCGGUGGCGAAAAUCCUUCCUAGCGGAACGAAAGUGUUCGCACUGCCACCGCUUCCGCCUCAGGGGAAAGCCGACGCUUGGCUCGAGAAAUCCGCCGGUGUGUUCUCCGAAGCGUUCGAAACUGCGAUGAAUUGGCAUGAGAAACGCAUUCAGGCCUUGCAGAAACUUCCGGGAGAAGCUCUGGAGAAGAUUUGGUGGCCGUUCACGCAACACGCAACGGUUGAACCAGACACCGUCACGGUGAUAGAUGGAAGAUACGGUGAAGAUUUUGAGAUCUACGAUCAGGAAAAGGGAAGAGACGGCGCUAUCGAUUUGCGGUUUGACGGCGCGGCGAGUUGGUGGACCCAAGGGGUGAGCGCGGAGUUACAACAAGAAUUGAACAGUGCGGCGGCGAAUGCGGCGGGACGAUAUGGCCAUGUGAUGUUUCCCGAAAACGUACACCAGCCAUCGAUGGAUGCAACGAACGCGUUGUUAGAAGGUCCUGGCAAAGGAUGGGGUUCCAGAGUAUUUUAUUCCGAUAAUGGAUCGACAGCGACGGAGGUGGGGCUGAAGAUGGCGUUUCGCAAGUAUUACGUUGAUGCUGGGCUCGUGUCAAAAGAUGGUCAUCAGAGGGCGAAAGAUUUGAUCAACGAUGGAUCUUGCCAUUUACCACAGCUGCGAAUAAUCGCGUUAGAUGGUUCGUAUCACGGAGACACGCUGGGAGCGAUGGACAUGCAGUCUCCAAGCGUUUUUACUGGUCCCAUGCAAACGCCUUGGUACCAACCUCGUGGCCUUUUUCUACAGCCGCCGAGCCUAGCCAUCAGGAAUGGCGAAUGGACCGUCGCUUUGCCUCCCCACGGUCUUUUGAACGAUGGAGAAGAUCGCCUUUUCCACGAUGGCAAGGAUUUGGAGUCUAACACGACGUGGAAGAGUAAGGCGGAUGCGUUUGACAUUGGGAAGCGGCUCGACAGUCCACUAGCAAAUGAAUAUAGACAGGCCGUGGAUAAAGCGUUGGAGCGCGCCGAGCAGGAUGCGAAAGCUGGUCAUAUGGGUCCAGUUGGAGCGCUCAUGAUGGAGCCCGUGCUUCACGGCGCUGGUGGGAUGGUGCUUAUAGAUCCGCUCUUCCAAAACAUUCUGAUGAAGGUGUGCCGCGAGCGGAAAAUUCCAAUCGUUCUGGAUGAAGUUUUCGCCGGUAUUUGGAGACUGGGCACCGAGGGUGCUUGGGAGAUCAUCGGUGAAAAGCCUGAUAUUUCGUGCUACGCGAAGUUGCUCACGGGUGGGCUCAUGCCGAUGUCAGCGACCGUCGCUACGGCGGAUGUCUUUGAUGUAUUUUAUGGUCCCGGCAAGGCGCAAGGUUUGCUUCACGGGCACUCGUACACCGCAUACCCCAUAGGCUGUGCCGUGGCGUCUAAAGCGUUAUCGCUGUACAAAGAUCCCGCCAAAAACCCAAAUUUGAUCGUCGAUGCGUCGUCGAAGGGUGACACACCGACAGCUUAUCUGCGCGAGCUCUGGGACGAAUCCAAACUAAAGGAGAUAUCCAACAAGAGCUCCGUACGUCGCGUCUUCGGUCAAGGCUGCGUUCUCGCCGUCGAGCUCGAGGUCGAGGGCGAAGGCGGAUAUAGCUCAAACGCCGCCAAGGAAGUGGUCUUGCGUCUUCGUCCUCACUCCGUCCAGGCUCGUCCGCUCGGAAACGUUGUGUACUUGAUGUGCGCUCCAACAACGCCAAAGGCGACGUGCGAUCGACUCCUGAAUGUGCUUGCCGAGGAACUAUCCGAGUAA